AAACAUUGCAGGUCCGCAGGGAAAUAAUUGGUUGGGGGAAAAUGGCGACAGGUAAAUCUAAGCUCACAACUGGAAGAUUUAAAUGCCUUUCCACCGUAAUUUUAGGUGGAAAUGAGAUCAGAUUUGUUGGGAUGAACGAAGAAAACAAUGGUGUACAUUUUCCCAAGGAUGUCAAUUACUGUCCAGGAAGAUUGCUGUUUGUCGCUUCAGAUGUGAUGCGAAGCUCAAAAAUAAAUAGGAAAAACUUUACAAGAGUCAUCACAAGAUUUUCCAAAAUCGGAUUUGCUGUAAAAAUGAGACUAUUAGGUUUCAAGAUAGAUGGUAUUAACAAUGGUGGAGUUAUCUGGUUCUUCAGUAUUCAAGGACUGUUUCGUGUUGCCUUUAAUUUGGGUAACAUGGCUUUUCAGAAGGACUGUUUGUCCAAGCUACAGGAGGUUUGGUUGAAACGUUAUCAUGAUCCUGCCUUGCCUUCAAACGGCGUUCUUAAAUUCAAUAAGCGGUUCAAGGAAAUACCUCAUGACUGUGUCCUGUCAAAUGUUUACCAUCCACAAAAUAUGGAGCUGGAAAAUGAAGCCAGAACACUUCAGGGUAGAGCAUGCUCGAGCACCAGUAUUGUUGUAGCAAAUAAAAGUUGGUCUCUUCAGAGACCCGACGAAGACUAUUCAGACGAGAUUGCCGAUACAGAAAGUAUGUGUAGGUGUGUAGAGAACUGUAAUUGCAGCCCAGGGUUUACUAUAGGAGAAACAGUGACAAGGGCAGAAACAUCUGAGUCUGGGAUUAAGUCGGUUACGAGUGAUACUAGUUUAGACUUCAACUCGGAUACACCUCAUCACAGACAGAAUUGUGACCCGCCUAGUGCAGGAAAAUUUCGCCAAAAACUAGUUCAUCUCAUUAAAACGUCAUAUUUUGAGGAAGUUUCAUGUCCAUUUGCUCAUCAAUUGUUGCUAGUUUAUGAUUAUCUUAACUAUUUCAUGAAUUCAGAAGAAACAGAUUUAUUUGAAAACUUUGGAAGUGUUUUAUUUAAGAUAAUGGAGGAGUUUUUGUUAUUAGUCACUAUGGAUGACGAGUUACCGGAUGCGUUUAAGAACACGAGUAGAAUGCCUCAAGAAAGAUUUAUCCUACUGCAUUUGCUCAGCGACUGGGUUGGAAAGGAAUUUCAUGAUCUUGAGGGCGUGAUUAAAGAAAAUGUUGAAACAUUCAAGAAAGAUAAUAUCACUUGUAUAGACAGUUUGCCAUCGGCUGAAACUAUUACUAAAACUUUAUUUCCGUCAUUUAUGAGAAUAUUUGUUACUAAUUGGCUCGGAUUUCAGAACGAGGAUUCUUUAUUGCAUCAAAAUUCUGAAACUUCAUCAAUGUCCGACCAUUGUUAUACACAGGUUGAAAAGGUGAAAGGUCAAGGUAGUAUAAACUACCAAUUGGUUCAGUUGAUUCUAGAAUUUGGGUCAAACUGUCUUAUAUCUGGGAUAGGUCACGUGGUCUUUUCAAGGUUACAAAUUGAAAAUAAUGCAGAUGCUUAAAAAUUAUGCAUAAGCUGUGGGAAAGACCAGAGGAAGGUUCAAUCAGGCAAUAGAUACAGGUUGAUCAAUACGUUUGUAAACUUUGAAUUACCGGCCUUUUUAGCUCACCUGUCACAAAGUGACAGGGUGAGCUUUUGUGAUCGCUUUACGUCCGGCGUCCGUCCGGCCGUCCGUCCGUAAACUUUUGCUUUAAAUGACAUCUCCUCAUAAACCACUGAGCCAAUUUCAUCCAAACUUCACAGGAAUGUUCCUUUGGUGGUCACCUUUAAAAAUUGUUCAAAGAAUUUAAUUCCAUGCAGAACUCUGGUUGCCAUGGCAACCGAAAGAAAAAUCUUUAAAUAUCUUCUUUUAAACAACCCUAAGAGCUAGAGCUUAGAUAUUUGGCAUGAAACAUCUUCUAAUGAGUGUCUACCAAGUUUGUUCAAAUAAAAGCCCUGGGGUCAAAAUUGGCCCCGCCCCGGGGGGUCAUUGAUUUUCCCUAUAUGCAUAUAGUAAAAACUUAAAAAAUCUUCUUUUAAAGAACUGUAAGAGCUAGAGCUAAGAUAUUUGGCAUGGAACAUCUUCUAGUGAGUGUCUACCAAGUUUGUUCAAAUAAAAGCCCUGGUGUCAAAAUUGGCCCUGCCCCAGGGGGUCAUUGAAUUUCCCUAUAUGCAUAUAGUAAAAACUUUAAAAAUCUUCUUUUAAAGAACUGUAAGAGCUAGAGCUUAGAUAUUUGGCAUGAAACAUCUUCUAGUGAAUGUCUACCAAGUAUGUUCAAAUAAAAGCCCUGGGGUCAAAAUUGGCCCCGCCCCAGGGGGUCAUUGAUUUUCCCUAUAUGCAUAUAGUAAAAACUUAAAAAUCUUCUUUUAAAGAACCCAAAAAGCUAGAGCUAAGAUAUAUGGCAUGAAACAUCUUCUAGUGAAUGUCUACCAAGUUUGUUCAAAUAAAAGCCCUGGGGUCAAAAUUGGCCCCGCCCUGGGGGGUAAUUGAUUUUCCCUAUAUGCAUAUAGUAAAAACUUAAAAAUCUUCUUUUAAAGAACCGUAAAAGCUAGAGCUUAGAUAUUUGGCAUAAAACAUCUUCUAGUGAAUGUCUACCAAGUUUGUUCAAAUAAAAGCCCUGGGGUCAAAAUUGGCCCCGCCCCAGGGGGUCAUUGAUUUUCCCUAUAUGCAUAUAGUAAAAACUUAAAAAAUCUUCUUUUAAAGAACUGUAAGAGCUAGAGCUUAGAUAUUUGGCAUGAAACAUCUUCUAGUGAAUGUCUACCAAGUUUGUUCAAAUAAAAGCCCUGGGGUCCAAUUUGGCCCCGCCCCAGGGGGUCAUUGAUUUUCCCUAUAUGCAUAAAGUAAAAACUUAAAAAAUCUUCUUUUAAAGAACCCAAGGAGCUAGAGCUAAGAUAUUUGGCAUGAAACAUCUUCUAGUGAAUUUCUACCAAGUUUGUUCAAAUAAAAGCCCUGGGGGUCAUUGAUUUUCCUUAUAUGCAUAUAGUAAAAACUUAAAAAAUCUUCUUUUAAAGAACCCAAAGAGCUAGAGCUAAGAUAUUUAGCAUGAGACAUGUUCUAAUGGGUGUCUACCAAGUAUGUUCAAAUAAAAGCCCUGGGGUCAAAACUGGCCCCGCCCCGGGGGUCAUUGAUUUUCCUUAUAUACAUAGCAAAAACUUAAAAUU